AUGAAUGGAUAUGAAUGGACGAACAGAAAGGACGGACCGGUUGAGCGGUAUCCGAGCGAUAUACUAAACGCCAAACUACUUUCGUAUUCGUUAUCUACGAACUGUACGGAUCAAGAACAUUACAGAGAAUUAUCGACGAAACUUGGUUGGGACCUUAGUACUAGCCAGCAGCACGCCUAUGUAUCCAAAAUAUGUGGCGCUGUCCCUGACAUGUGCGUGCGUGGCUGCUGUGGUCGAGUCGAUUGUAACAAAGUUCAAAAUGAAGCCUUGGAGGAGGACAAAAAAGAGGAAUUUUCUGAUCCUUGUGACAUGUUCCGAAGAUGAGAAAGGGAGACUUUUCGACUUUUUAAAAGAUUAACAUGAAUUCGAUUCACACACCAAAAUUUAACAUUUUAACCCAUAGAAGCAUUAAUUUACUAUAGUUUUCAUGAUUUUGUUUCUUUUUUUUUUGAAAAACAUCUAAUAAUCAUUAAAAAUGGAUAAUCAUUAAUGAUACCAUAAGAAAUUGACUGAAACAGAGCCCUUUUAUGCCACUUUUAGUCACCGGAAAUUUUCAAAUGUGAGCCGAAGGUCAGCGGUUAUUCAAACAAAAACAAGAUGGCGGAUAGGGAAAUUACUAGAGAAUUUUAUCGUACUUUCGAAGGCCUUURUGAAAAAACUGCAGGUUUUUAGAAGUGAAAACAAGCAGAUUUGCAUUCAGUAAGUAAAAAACUAUAAAUUUAUGUGAUUUCAAAGUAGUUUGUGAUGUGGGCAGCGAAACUGAACGAUAAUCGACCACAGAAUAC